AAAGAGCGGAAGAGGCGGGGUCAAGAUGGCGGCGCCUCUGAGGAUUCAGAGCGACUGGGCCCAAGCCCUCAGGAAGGAUGAAGGGGAAGCCUGGCUGAGUUGUCACCCCCCAGGUAAACCAACUUUGUAUGGCAGCCUAACUUGUCAAGGAAUUGGCCAGGAUGGCAUCCCAGAAGUUACAGCUUCAGAAGGAUUUAUUGUGAAUGAGAUAAACAAGAAAAGCAUUCAUAUUUCUUGUCCGAAGGAAAAUGCAUCCUCAAAGUUUUUGGCACCAUACACUACUUUUUCCAGAAUUCAUUCAAAGAGUAUAACAUGCCUGGACAUUUCCAGUGGAGGCGGUCUUGGCGUGUCUUCUAGUACUGAUGGGAGCAUGAAGAUCUGGCAGGCUUCUAAUGGCGAGCUCAGAAGAGUAUUGGAAGGACAUGUAUUUGAUGUGAAUUGUUGCAGGUUUUUCCCAUCAGGCCUUGUGGUUCUGAGUGGGGGAAUGGAUGCCCAGCUGAAGAUCUGGUCAGCUGAAGAUGCUAGCUGUGUGGUGACCUUCAAAGGUCACAAAGGAGGUAUUCUGGAUACAGCCAUUGUUGAUCGGGGGAGGAAUGUGGUGUCUGGUUCUCGAGAUGGGACAGCACGACUUUGGGAUUGUGGGCGCUCAGCCUGCCUGGGAGUCAUUGCAGACUGUGGUUCUUCUAUCAAUGGAGUGGCUGUGGGUGCUGCUGACAACUCCAUAAACCUCGGCUCACCUGAGCAGACGCCGAGUGAACGGGAGGUUGGAACAGAGUCGAAAAUGCUGCUGUUGGCACGGGAGGAUAAGAAACUUCAGUGCUUGGGACUGCAGAGCAGGCAGCCGGUGUUCCUCUUUGUUGGCUCAGAUGCCUUCAACUGCUGCACUUUUCUCUCUGGCUUCUUGCUGUUGGCUGGGACACAGGAUGGAAACAUUUAUCAGCUGGACGUGAGGAGUCCAAGGGCUCCGGUACAAGUGAUCCACAGAUCUGGAGCACCAGUUCUGUCCCUGCUGAGUUUCAGAGAUGGAUUCAUUGCCAGCCAAGGUGAUGGAAGCUGUUUCAUUGUCCAGCAAGACCUAGACUAUCUAAUUGAGCUCACUGGAGCUGACUGUGACCCUGUGUUCAAGGUAGCCACAUGGGAGAAGCAGAUCUACACAUGCUGUCGAGAUGGUCUUGUGCGACGCUAUCAGCUCUCUGACCUCUGACUCCUUGGAAAAGGAUGAAGUUAAUGAAAAAUAUUGGCUCUAAUCAACAAAGACAUUAGUCCUUCUGAAGGACCAUGGCCCCUUAUUGUUUGGGGCACCCUUUGGGUGUCACAGAAAAUCAACUGCAUUGCCCCAUGUGGAAGUAUCAGUCCAUGACAAGACCUACUGUGAACUGAGUAAGAAGCUCACACGUACUCCCUAUAUACACUCACCCCAACAGCACAGGGCAAGGACAUGGAUGCUUACACUUUGAUCUCAUACCAUUGUGUUAAAUGUUUACAAGGACCAGAGGACUAAAGCCUGUGCUCUGAAGGAAAUAAAGAGAAUGUGUUUGGAA